AUGACUCCCAGUGAAGUAAUCGACUUUUGCAAGUCAAACGGCAUCGGCAUCAUCGACCUGCGGUUCACCGACCUGCCGGGCACGCUGCAGCACGUCUCGGUGCCGCUGAGCGAGCUUACCGAGGCCAACCUGGCCGAAGGGUAUGGCUUCGACGGUUCCAGCAUCAGGGGCUUUAAGUCCAUCGACGAAAGCGACAUGCUGCUGAUACCCGACACCACCACGGCGGCAACCGACCCCUUCUUCCAGAUACCAACGCUGCACAUGAUUUGCGACGUCAUGGAUCCCAUUACCAGGGAUUCGUACUCCCGCGACCCGCGCCACGUCGCCCACAAGGCCGAGGCUUACCUGAAGGACAGCGGUAUCGCCGAUACUACCAACUCGGCAUACUACUUCAUCGACUCGGACGAGGGUUUCUGGAACACCGGCGCGGAGUCGACCAUCGGCGGCGGCAACAACCUGGCCUACCGUCCGAGGAACAAGGAAGGCUACUUCCCCGCUCCGCCUUUCGACACCUUCCAGGACAUCCGCUCGGAGAUGGUGCAGAAGAUUGAACACUUCGGCAUCAUCGUCGAAAAGCACCACCACGAAGUCGCCACUGCCGGUCAGGCCGAGAUCGACGUACGCUACGACUCGCUGACCAAAAUGGCCGACACCAUAGCCAUCCUCAAGUACGUGGUGAAGAACGUCGCCAAGGCCCACGGCAAGGUGGCAACCUUCAUGCCCAAGCCGCUGUUCGGCGACAACGGCACCGGCAUGCACACCCACCAGAGCCUGUGGCGGGACGGCAACAACCUGUUCUACGACGCCAACGGUUACGCGAUGCUUUCGGCCACCUGCCGCCACUACAUCGGCGGGCUGCUGCAGCAUGCCCCGGCGCUGCUGGCCUUCGCCGCUCCCACGACCAACAGCUACAAGCGUCUGGUGCCGGGCUUCGAGGCUCCGGUGAACCUGGUGUACUCGGUGCGCAACCGUUCGGCGUGCAUCCGUAUACCCACCUACUCGGCGAGCCCCAGCGCCCGCCGGCUGGAAUUCCGCGCGCCCGAUCCGUCGUGCAACCCCUACCUGGCGUUCUCCGCCAUGCUGAUGGCGGGCAUCGACGGCGUUAUCAACGAGAUCGAACCGCCGGACCCGGUGGACCAGAACCUGUAUGAGAUGUCGGCGGCUGAGCUGUCUUCCAUUCGCCAGGUGCCGUCGUCGUUGGGUGAGGCGCUGGAGGCUCUGGAGCGCGACAACGAGUUCCUGAUGCGCGGCGGCGUGUUCACCGACGACCUGAUCGAAACGUGGCUGGAGUCCAAGAAGGUGGACGUGGAUGAUCUGCGCCUGCGCCCGCAUCCGUACGAAUUCUUCAAGUAUUUCGACGCCUAA